UCGCCACGCCCACUGCCCUCGGCGUCUCGGGAGCAGCGUCUGCUCUCCCUGUGCGCCUGCGCAAGCCGCCCCGUAUUCGCGUUCCGUUUUGUUUGGCCCUGACCGCGCAUCGUCCAAGGCUCUAUUGGUUGCCAUAGAGACCGGCGAGUGCUGGGCCUGUAAGCGCUGAGGACCGAACAGCUGCGACCCGUGGCUUUUGGGGACCUGAGCGUCAUGUCUUUCCGCGACCUCCGCAAUUUCACAGAGAUGAUGAGAGCCCUGGGAUACCCUCGACAUAUCUCUAUGGAAAAUUUCCGAACACCCAAUUUUGGACUUGUAUCUGAAGUGCUUCUCUGGCUUGUGAAAAGGUAUGAGCCCCAGACUGACAUCCCACCUGAUGUGGACACUGAACAGGACCGAGUUUUCUUCAUUAAAGCAAUUGCCCAGUUCAUGGCCACCAAAGCACAUAUAAAGCUCAACACUAAGAAGCUUUAUCAAGCAGAUGGGUAUGCAGUGAAAGAACUGUUGAAGAUCACAUCCGUCCUUUAUAAUGCCAUGAAGUCUAAGGGGAUGGAGGGCUCUCAGAUAGUAGAGGAAGAUGUUAGCAAAUUCAAGUUUGAUCUCAGCUCAAAGAUUGCAGAUUUGAAGGCAGCCAGGCAGCUUGCAUCUGAAAUCACCUCCAAAGGAGCAUCUCUGUAUGACUUACUCGGCAUGGAAGUAGAGUUGAGGGAAAUGAGAACAGAAGCCAUUGCCAGACCUUUGGAAAUAAAUGAGACUGAAAAAGUGAUGAAAAUUGCAAUAAAAGAGAUUUUGACACAGGUUCAGAAGACUAAAGACCUGCUCAAUAAUGUGGCCUCUGAUGAAGCUAAUUUAGAAGCCAAAAUUGAAAAGAGAAAAUUAGAACUGGAAAGAAAUCGGAAGCGUCUAGAGACUCUGCAGAGUGUCAGGCCAUGCUUUAUGGAUGAGUAUGAAAAGGUUGAGGAAGAAUUACAAAAGCAGUAUGACAUUUAUCUGGAGAAAUUUCAAAAUCUGACUUACCUGGAACAACAGCUUGAAGACUACCAUAGGAUGGAGCAAGAAAGAUUUGAGGAGGCUAAAAACACUCUCUGCCUGAUACAGAACAAGCUCAAGGAGGAAGAGAAGCGCCUGCUCAAGAGUGGAAGUAACGAUGAUUCGGACGUAGACAUCCAGGAGGACGAUGAAUCCGACAGUGAGCUGGAAGAGAGGCGGCUGUCCAAGCCGCGGACAGCCAUGGAGGUGCUCAUGCAAGGAAGACCUGGUAAACGCAUUGUGGGCACGAUGCAAGGUGGAGACUCCGAUGACAAUAUGGAAGCAGCACCAGCUCUGUUAGGUAAAUGCAAGACUUCCAGCUCCAAGAAGCAGGAGGACUCGGAGGACAGUGAAAUUGACAUGGAAGAUGAUGAUGAGGAUGAGGAUUUGGAAGAUGAGAGCAUUGCUCUCUCGCCAACCAAGCCCAGUCGAAGGGUCAAGAAACCUGAACCCCUGGAUGACAGUGACAACGACUUCUGACCUUCUUGCCAAGGGACCCAGGCAGAUUAAAACCCUCAGAUGUGUAGGUAAAUGGGAACUUAGAAGGUUAGGAAGGUAACGCCUGUUUUGUUCGCUAAGCUGGCUGGACUCAAUGAAUACUGAAGCAAUACUUAUUUCUGCUUUAGCCUUCUGUUUGCAUUCCAUGAAGCUUAAAUAAGAAUUGAAACAAAUCUAAGUUGGUUUUUCUUUUUCACCUUAUUUAUCUCCUAAAACUCGAGGAAUGUGUGUGUUGUUAGUGAUUCACAUCCACGGGACAAAAACUCAAGGAGAAAUAAGAGCUGAUGCCGCGCAAGUCUCGGCUGCCUUUGAUACUGUACAUUUUCUCUGAGAAUCUAACAGACUUGGGGCUGGAGCUUGGCACUGGGACUUGUGUUCGGAAUGGUAGAGGAACAUCCGGCUGUUAAUCACUUGAACAGUUUAGAACAUUUCCUGUACAUCAACUUUUAAUUCUAGCCCUUAAUUCAUUUUGUAGUCUUAUUUUCUUUCUUCUGCAUGUUCACCAUACCAAGCAUUAAAUGUAUUUUAAUAACUAAAA